GAAUUCCCGUGGUCUAGCUUGACCUGGGACUGGCGCGUGCCUGACCGGGCAGGGCCAGUCCCUGUGUGGCAGAGCAGGCGUAGUGCUCCAAGGGGAUGUUGUGCAGGUGUUUCCCUCACAGCGUGUGAUGGGGAUUCAUGCAGCACAGGGGGGUGAGGCUCUAGCUCUUCAACUCCCUCUUGGCUUCAGCAUAAGGAUCCAGCGUAAGGGAAGCAGUGACCCACGUGCUAAGCUCUGUGCAUGGGGCCGACUCCUGUGCGUGAAGUCAAACCCGUGUGGAUGUGUGCACCCCAGGACACCGGUACCUUGGCCGCCCCUGCAUCGCUUCGCUCUUUGGCAAAGGAGCACCUGGUUUCCUGAAAGCGGAGUCAGUCUCAGCCAGGAGAUGCCCCGCAGGAAUUCCUGCCGGGAUGCGGGUGUGGUGGAGGAGGCGUGCGAGCAAAUGGUGUUUGCUUCUUUCUCAUUUGGGGAACCUGGAGUUGAGUUUAGGAGUUUACCCGCUUCGUUUUCACCCCUACUCCGCCAGGUUCUCACCGAUGGCCCUGUGGAUCCAGGCCCAGCAGCUGCAGGGGGAGGCCCUGCUCCAGAUGCAGGUGCUGUGCAGCCAGCACUUCCCCAUCGAGGUGCGGCAUUACCUGUCGCAGUGGAUUGAGAGCCAAGCAUGGGACUCCAUCGACCUCGAUAACCCCCAGGAGAACCUCAAAGCCACCCAGCUGCUGGAGGGGCUGAUCCAGGAGCUGCAAAAGAAGGCCGAUCACCAAGUGGGCGAGGACGGGUUCUUGCUGAAGAUCAAGCUGGGGCAUUAUGCCACUCAGCUGCAGAACACGUAUGACCAGUGCCCCAUGGAGCUGGUGCACUGCUGUGACGAACUGGGAAUGUUCUUAAUGUUUUCUCUGAAUACUGUGUUGGUGCCUCAGUGUCCCCUAGGCAGU